UGCCUACGUGCUAGAGUAAAAGUUGCUUGCAUGCCUACGUGCUGGAGUAAAAGUUGCUUGUGUACUCUCCCAAACAGCUUUAGAUAAGUGUCUAUGUGAAGGCACUAAUGUUUAACAGGGCCAGUUCCUGCUCCCCCGGUAAGACAUGUUUACUCUAAAGUUUCCUGUUUUUGUGGGUCUGUAUUGUGCUGCUCUUUCGCCAUGUUUAGACUUAAGAUAAUGUUUGACUAUGUACUGGGACAGGGGAUGGGUACAUAAGCAGUGGAAGAAAUGUGUUUAGCGCCUCUCCGCCUACAUCUGUACUGACAACCAAGUGGCGUCUCAAUAAACCGUGAUUGAAGAAGGAUCUUCGUGCCGUUAAUUCUGUGCCUUGCUGGUCAAGGCUCGCAGCAGCUGGUGCCGAAACCCGGGAACUCGAACCAGACGCGUAACAUUGCACGACUGGAGAGGUAAGAUCCAGAACUUCACACGGGAGACGGGUCGACGUCGAGGAAGGGAACGACCAGACCCGAUCUGGAUUCCAGAAAGACUGACAAGGAGAGUGACAGAUAAGAAAGAAGAGGAACGACAAGAAAACACGAGGCAUGAUAAUGAAACGUCUGACAUGGAUACUGAUGGGACUAUGGUUGACAUUUCCCAUGACGAUAUCAAAGGAUGUGACCCUGUGGGCCAUUGCGAGAACAUGGCCAAUACCUAAGCCAGUGUUCUCUAGUGAUAAGAUGUUUCCUCAAUUGUAUAAUAGAGACUGUCAGUUAGAAAUACCGUGCAAAACACCACAAAAUAUGCAACAAAUGCGAUAUAAUGCCACUAAUGUUACCCUCUAUAAUAGCUUGUGUUUUUCUAUGAACUCGCAGAGUCCCUGUAUACAGAUUCUUUCAUAUAACCUUAGUUGGAUAUAUGAUCCCUUUAAAUAUCUAAAUCCUGACCUCUCGAUCCCAAUGGUGCUCGAGGCCCUUACAAAGAUUGCUCUAGGGAGCACAAAUGGAACAGGAGGAGGAGGUAAUAGCACCGUGGCUAAUGUCACUACACUCCUGAUCACAGCCAACAUAACAGUUCCUUUUUUAAUACAGACAGGAACCAAUUCCAGUGCUUCAUGGAACAUAUCUAGACCUGUACCAAAGUGCAUCACUCGGGAAUUCAGUUAUCCCCCGCGAUUUGGUGAUUGCACAGAAAAUGUAGAAACCCAAGAACCGUAUAAAUUUUCUCCUAAAUUCAAAUUAUAUCAGAAACCCAGAGCGGGCAAUCCUUUAGCCUCCUGGGUAUUGUGGAAUAGACGUGGAGCUAGUAUGGAUUUGUCCCCUUUGGCAAGGCUUGAUUCUAUUAAUAUAAGCCUCUAUAAUGCUAGUGGCAGUUAUAACAUAACUAGUCACGUACUCAGUAACUUUACAUCGCAUUCUUUGCAUAAUAUGAGCCUCCUGUCUAGUCAUGUUUGUGUCGAUCCUCCCUUUAUUUUUCUUUUGACAGAUAAACAAGAUAAUGGGACGAUAAUAGAAUGUGCAGGAAAUGAUACAUGCUAUUUAACCCAGUGUUGGAAUGGAACUCAGAAAACUAUGGUAGUAAUGCGUGUACCUACCUAUGUUCCUAUACCAGUAGUGACUGACCCAGAGGAAUUUCCUCUGGCAGUUUUGUUUCGACAGCCACGGGACUUUGGGGUUAUAGCCAUUGUAACGGCAAUUGUCGCCUCUGCCGCAGCGGCUGUUACGGCGGGAGUGGCCAUGGCUUCCACUGUUCAAACUGUGCAGACUAUUAAUGACGUCGUAAAAAGAUCAUCAGACGCUCUAUUUGUCCAGGAACGCAUAAAUGAUCAUCUGGCUUCAGGGGUGCUACUAUUAAAUAAACGCAUGGACUUGCUGCAAGCAGCUAUGGAAGAUCUUUUUGAAGUCACCAGCCUAGGUUGCGUUCAGAGACUGCACCAUAUGUGUGUUACGCCAUAUCCAGCCUCUCUAAAUGAGUCAAGAAAACUUGGGUCUUAUCUAUCAGGGAACUGGUCUAUGGAAUUUGGGGAACUUCAGCAAAAUCUUACUAUCAUGAUUUUGCAGCUGAAUGAAACUAGAGCAUCUGUUGUCACUCUGAAAGGGUUUUCUGAUUAUAUAUUACAGGGGUUACAAUGGUUCAAAGAAUGGGUGGGGGUUGGAUUGUUCGGAGCACUCCCGGAGCCGGGCCCAGGGUAUCGGCGCGAGGCACCGGAGCCCCGGUGCCGGCGACAAGGAGGCUCUUCGCGCCGCCGCGGAACGUCGGGUCUCCGACUGGGCGCGUCUGGUGGGCCCAGGCAGCCGGCCCUGGGCUCCGCAGACCCCAGAGUCACCUCGGUCCCUGUGCUGACGGGGACACGGAGGACCAGGACGGGGGCCCUGGGGCAGCCCCCAGACCCGCACCGCCCUUGUCGAGGGAGCGCCGGGAAGCGCCCGAAGCCGAGGCGCGGGAGGAGGCUCGCCGUAGCGACGCAGGCCGUGGAGUUGCUUUCGGCCCCGGAGCCCCGCGCGGGCGAAGCCGCGCUCGGGGCCCCGGGGUCUCGGGUCCCGCCGCGGUGGCGCUCACUGCUGUACCGCGGGUUCUCGAGCGCGCUCGACCGCCGCCUGCGCUCCAGGCUCCCCGCCCGGCUCCGCACCUGCGAUGCCCUCACCUGCGGCACAACCGGAGGUGCCGCGGGGCACGCGCGGAGCGAGGCCUCGGCAGCCGCCGGAGCGCCCCGCGCCGAAGCGCUGUGCGGCGACUCCUCUCAGCUCACGCCUUGA